AUGAAUGAUGAUCAAGCUGCGGUAAAUCCCCACACAGAUGGUAAUAUGGUUGUAGAUGAUUUGCCCGUUUCUGUGUCUGUGGAUAAACCAAAAGCAGUUUCAACAGUAAUGCCUGAUGCCACUUCAGUUACGAAGAAGGAUGUCGAUGAUUCAUUUGCUCCAGUUGCAGCAAAUCGAGUACGCCGUAGAUCUACUUCAUCUAGGUCUUCUAGGUUAGGAAAGUCUUCUCGUAGUAUUAGCAUUACUAGACGCCGUCAUCGUCGUUAUUCAUCUACGCGUUCGUCGUCUUCGGGUAAAUCUUGUCAUCGUCGUAGUCGAUAUCGACGUUCUCGUUCUCGGAUCAGGAAACAAUCAAGGAGUCAUUCUCGCUCACGAAGUCGUUCAAUUAGUUAUCGUCGUAGGCGCCGAUCUAGUCGGACACCGUCCUAUCGACCGCCGCCACGUCGUAGGCCUUUCGGACGUCCAAGACGCUUUUCGCCUCCCUUCUCUCGUCGUGAUCGGGCUGGUCCUACACGUCGAAGUCCAGUCGCUCAUCAUGCCCGGCCAUCACCUGCACGAACGCGUCCUCUGUCGCCCCCUCCAACGAUGCAGAGAUCCCGUCCAACUAAAAGCAGUCCUCCACCCGCCCCUAUGCCUCCUCUGAGCGUGCGUUUCGAGAAUGUGGUCAAAUCCACUCUACGGCGUGGUCUGCGGGAGUAUGGUGUACUGGGGGGGUUAGCACAUCUCAUACUCACGAAUAGAUGCAAGUUGCCCCUUCCAACUCUCAUGAGAGAGGCAAAGGAGUUGUCUGUGGUAAUUGACAGAAAUUUACCACCAGAUAUUACGGAUCCGAAUGCGAAGAUCUCAUUCAAUGUAGAUAUGAGUGUGAAAUUACUGAUUCCAUACCCACCCAAUGCUGGAGCUAAACCGGUAUUUAAUCGGCCUGAGAUUCCCGUCUACAAGACGAGUGACGACGAAAAGAAAAUUGCUGAACGAAUUGUGGCUGCAUUGAAAGCAGAGCAAGCAGAAAAUCAUACUUCUGACACUAACCACAGAAGCAACGUCAUCUCGGAAAGAAAUCAGAAUGCGAAAAGAGGCAGUGCAUUUAGUCGUCUCGGUCCUGUAAAUCCUCUCGAAGUACCAAAGGGUUCUGCUUACUUCAUGCAUGAUGACCGCGACGAGCCAUACCAAACUGGGCGAAAUAAAAAUUUCCGUAGUGCUCGAAGAAGGCGAGAUAACUUCGACGGCUAUCAGAGUAGUAGACGCGGCCAAAAUGAUCGGGGCGCCGGUCGAUCGAAUCGAUUCUCUAGAGAUGAAGGACAGUGGUGUCACGACAAAUUCCUGGAGUUGGAAGAAGGUGAGAAAAAGGGCAAUGGUGAUUCGAGAAAUGGUCACAACCGACCUUCACCUCAAUCAUCCCAAAACGAAACUCCGUUCUUGAAAUUCAAAAAAGUUGAAACUGCCGUCUAUAGAAAUGGGUCUUUCACAUACUUUGGUGCUGAUCAACCUAUUGUCAUUGAUGGAAUGUUUCCACUGACCAAAAUUCUUAUCGUUGAACUUAUUAAUGAUGCUCCACCAACAGUUGAAUUUCACUGCAUUGUCGACAAAUUAUCUCGCGAUUCACCUAUCACCAAUGCUCAACUUUGUUUUAAGACUCCCUCAGCUCUUAAACCGAAAUGUGACAAUGCCAUUGGUAGUUCUUACCUUCUUUCGAAUAAAUAUAAAUUCAAAUCUUCUGGAGAUAUAUACAAUGGUUAUGUUUUCACUUCAUACUGGGAUCGAGAUAAGUUCCCUCUAGAUGCAACAUACUUCUGUCGUCUUGGAAAUCGUAACGGUGUUAUUCAAUCAAACACCAUUGACGUUUACGAUCUGGAUUCAUAUGUCUCGGCUUUUUUGAAGAGAAAUUCGGUUGGUCCGAGUCUUCGUGGACCUCUGAUUGGUAGCAGUUUUCCAAUGUAUUUUGAAUGUGGUAGUUCUUCGGAUAGUCUUGAACUCCCUAAUUGGGCUAAAGAUACAUUCCCAGCUCCAUACGUUUGGGCUGUCUGUGAAUCUGAACCUGGUGUCCAACUUGGAAUGCGUGAUUGCUAUGACCACCAUAAACCUAUUGGAGAAUACUUCGAGCACACUGUCUUAUCAAAUGGGACUCUUAUUAUCCAUGAGUUGGUGAAAGAUUAUCGACCUCUUGGAAUUAUUUGCACCACCAAUUACCUUCACAACAAGAUCUUCUCUGCCUACUUUCAAAAUGACGAUGAUAAAGGGGUUCCAUUCACGUAUACUCCUGGUGUUUAUCCUAAUAAAAUUAUCCCGAAAUCACCACUCUAUAACUACAUCUCUAUUCGAGGUGGCUGGCACGCUAGAGAUGUUAUCACCCUGAAUGCUCUUUACACGGCGAAUCCUCAGAACGUUUCUGCAAAAUGGACCAAAGAUGGAGGGUCAAUCCCAUUCCAAUUCACAGCUACUAGGCACUCUCUGAUCUUCCCUCAGGAUAUUAAAUUCUCUUUUGCUGGUACCUACGCCCUCGCUUUGGAAGGACCCUUUGAGCCUGUCUACUUUCAGUAUGAUGUGGUCAUUACGAAACCACCUACCAUUAAGGAAGCACCACCAAGAUAUCUUAUUGUUCCUCAAGGCAAUGUGGCACAAAUUUCAGCUGAAUUUGACGGCCGUUUAACCUCUCGGAAUUUUAUGGCCACAAUUGCCGUCUUCUUACAGUCCCUUCUCAUCAAUGGAAUGGAAAUUGACGCUCUAUCUUCUUCCAACUAUCGGGAGUCUCUACGAAUGCUCGGUGACGCUUUUCCCUACAUCCGGGACUUAAAUCCAGAAAUUGAGUUCCCCUCUGACAACUCAAUUCGUUACACAGUUCGAGAUCUCACUUUUCUGCCAAAUUCGCCCUAUGGGUCUUCACAUACUGUCUCAAUGGUUGGAACUAAUGCACUGGGUUCUGUGCGAACGAAUACUCUAAUUCGAGUUCUGCCUAAACCGGAAGUUAUACGACAAUUAUCGGAUUACAGUUGCUUGGAGGAAUGUUUCAAUCAAACCACUCAUCGAUUCUACUGCGACAUUGAACUUGCGCCCUAUGUUGGUCUUCGAGUUAUCAAGACUUGGGAGUUAGAUGGUCAAGACCUUGCACGUCUGGACUCUCAAGAUAAUCGUCUCAUGUUCCUCAAAUACUCCAACACCGAGGUUGUCAUGGAUAUUGCUGCUGACAAUGCUCUCUUUGAUGAUCUAUUCGCGAAUGCCUACUUGAGCUGUCGAUUCAGAGUGUUUGGGCCGGAGACAGAGUUGUUUGCUGGCGAUAUAUACGAAACGCCCUACUAUGAUACGAAAAAUGACCCAACUCUUCAUAGCUGUUGGUGGUUGGAGUAA